AUGAUAAAUAUACUAGAUGAGCCAAAUAUAAUCAGGCAAACUGUAAGCUCAGUUCUUAAGGAGAAACAAAAUAUUUCAAAACUUAUUGAAAUUCCUGUUACAGCUACCAUCGAAGAAGCUUUUGAUGUUUUAUUGGCGGAAAAUAUUUUAAGUGUUCCGGUUUAUAGAUUUUGGAGAGGCCACAAGCAACCGAUUGCCAUUGUUAAUGUAUUCGAUCUGGUAGCUUUUGUUUGCUUGCAGACAAAUAAUAAUGGUGAAGAAUGUGAUUUAUCAAAUUUUGAUAGUAAAUCAAUCUUUUUACAAAAGCCUAUUGGUGAAUUAAUUGGGUUAUCAACUGAAAGUACACAUCUUACAAUAUGUCAUCCGGAAGAUUCAUUGAUUGAUUUGUUAGAAUUAUUUACUCUAAAACAAAUUCAUAGAGUUUUAGUGGCUGAACGAAGAGCAAUUGAAGAACAAGAUGAUGGAGAAAUUAUCAAUGAAGAUGAGGUUAAACCUUGCUUUGCAUCUCAAACUGAUGUUGUAAGAUUUUUAUUUCAUCAUAAUCAUCAAUUAGGUAAAAUUUUAGAUACUUCUGCCUCUGAGGUAUCUAACAGGGCGAUUCGUUUGAUUAAUCGUGGAAGAAUAAAUUUAUUAGAAAAUCCUUCCUCAAUUACAAUUCAUGAUCAAGCCUUAACUGCUUUUAGAAAAAUUCAUCAAGAUGGAGUUAGUGCUGUUGCCGUUGUUGAGGAUGAUGGAAGAUUAGUUGGAGAAGUUAGCGCUGCGGAUUUAAGAGGGUUGAAUCGAGAAAGAUUAUCAGAUUUAAAGAAACCUGUCAUUAUGUUUUUAAAGAGUUGCAAAGGAGCUUUAAUUAAACCUUUAACUUGUCAUGGUAAAUUUACUCUCAGUCAAGUAAUGGCGGGAAUUAUCCGUAGCAAAGUUCAUAGAGCUUGGGUAGUGGAUGAAGAUGACGUUCCUAUUGGUGUUAUCACUCUUAGUGAUAUCCUUUCAAUGUUUUUUCCUGAAAGAGAUGAAUCAUCAACUUGA